GCGUCGAACGUCUCGCGCGUUAUCCUCGUCGCAAAAAAUAGACAUAGUUUAAUGUUGCCCAGAAUAAUUCGAGAUAAUAGACACCGACACUGACCGAGCGUCGGCGCUGUGAACACGACGCUGCCGUAUCGCCGCUCGCGCCCUCUGUGAAGUCAUAAAGGCUGUAAAAAUAUGCCGAUGUACCAGCGACCGCCGUUCUGGCGAGUGCCCCACCAGCGCCCAGAUCCUGAUGACGAACCCAGGAACUACCGGCGGGUAACACCAGGUUCUCCUGCCAGUCGCGACCUGGUGAGAGGAGACAUCAUCGCGAAGAUCGACCCCUACGAUGCGCGAGACUUACGCCAUGAGGACGCGCAGAAUCUUUUCAAAAACGCCCCUAACCAAAUCAAACUAGUUGUGCAAAGGGCCAGACCAAGUAGUCAUCUGUACACAUUGCCACGUUCAACUUCAUACAGCUUCGUAGGGCGUUCACCAACGCCCACCUUCUAUCGUCUAUACGAGGAGGGUGACCGCGAGGGUCCCCGCACGCAGUUAGCAGCUCGAUCUCCCGCGCAGAAUGCUGUCCCACCACCGUUCAGGACACCGAGCCCACUUCCCACGACGGCAUGGCGCGGUCCAGAAUCUCUGCCUCGAACCACGCCGGUGCCGCCGCAACAGUAUCCUCAGCAGUACCCGCAACAAGUCGAGGGCGAGUACAGAACACUACUGAUCUCGCCCUCCAGCAAUCGCAACGACGAAGCCAUCGACGAAUCUAUCCAGAGCCAGCCGUACCGCACAACCCCGCUGGUUCUACCAGGCGCAAAGGUGCGACGCGAGCCUGGUCCCACGGAGAGCUAUCUGCGCCACCACCCCAACCCCGCCAUGCGCGCGCCGCCACACCACGACUACCGCGACACUCUCAUGAAGCAAAAGGUGGCUGAAUCGGUGUUGCAGCGAGUGGUCGGUGAAGAUACUAAUAAGGUGGUACACAAGCAAUUCAACUCCCCGAUCAACAUGUAUUCGGAACAAAACAUUGCCAAUUCGAUAAGACAACAGUCAUCGCCUAUGCCCUCUAACGGCCAUUACGGACGGCCGCACGUUCUCAAGAGCCACAGGCCCACGGUGCUGUACGACCCCGCCAAGUCCGAGACCUACCGCGCGCUGCAGGAGGGCGCCACCGAGCAAGCACACGAGGUCGCCGAGCCAGCUCAGACCAAGGUCUUCACGGUGCCCGCCGGCAAGAAACCAGCGCCACCUCCAAAACAGCCUGAGGCACCUAAAGGAAAACAAACUACCUUCGUGAACUCGUUACAGGAAGAGCACAUCCAACAAUCCAACUCGUUCAAGCGCCUCAUGUACAACGUGCUGGGCAACACGGAGUUCUAGAACUUACUACGCGCGACCUUAAAACCUACGCACACGAUACCUUUUCUACGCGCAGACGAUGCGUUUCAAAAGCGCACGACCACGCAACUAACUAUUAAACUCAUACGAAAUACGAUACAGCGACGAUUUCUUAUGCAAUCACGCGACUAUUCAUAUCGUCAAUCCUCAGUUCUUAAACGCAACAUUAACAAAUAAUAUCGAUUAAAAAAA